AUGUGUACUAAGAAACAGUGCCAAGUAGCAGUAUUACCCCUGGGAACAGGCAACGACUUAGCCCGAGUGCUAGGCUGGGGUUCUUCUUGUGAUGACGAUACGCACCUUCCGCAGUUAUUGGAAAAGUAUGAGAAAGCCAGUACAAAAAUGCUUGACAGGUGGAGCAUCAUGGCUUUUGAGAGAACAAUCGCAAUGCCUAAACUAUCCUUAACCCCUGGUAUACCCGAAGGUCAAUUACACAGCCAAAUUAGCCAGUACGAAGACUCACUAGUCACCCAUCUGCAGAAUAUUCUCCAAUCUGACGAAACUUCCGUUAUCUUGAAUUCCGCUAAACGUCUCUGUGAGACGGUGAAAGAUUUUGCUUCACAACUGCUGGAAAGUUCACUUACGCAAGGUGAUGACCAACUAGCCAAAAAGUGUGAUAUUUUACAACAAAAGCUAGAGUUAUUAUUAAAGACACUAACAAGCGAACAAAUAGACGCAACGAAUAUAACUCAAUCAUUCGACGAUUCACAAGGAACAAGUAGAGCCACUGAAGACACCGACAGCGAAAUUUCUUACGACAAAAUAAAAACGGAUAAGGUCGAAAAGGACCUAAGUAAUUUUAAUUUUAGAAAACAUAGAAGAACUUCUAGGUUUAUGGAACGUGAAAAAGACGCUUUAAUUCAUCGAGCCAAUAGCCUUAAAAGGGCAAUCCGAAAUCUUGUCGAGCACACCGAACAAGUGGUCGAUGAACAAACAAGACAAUCAUCUGUAGCAAUACCUGCAGUUAAAAUAUCCCUCAGUAGUGAUCUGGAUAAAGUUAAUUCCCCGACGCCUAAUAAUAAAAGAGAUUCCUUAAAACCAAUGCCAACAAUUGAAUCAGGUGGCAGUACUGAUGUUAGUUCUUGUCCUUCUCCGACAAGUUCUAUUUUAACGGCAAGACUGGCCAACAUUUCUCCAAUGCCUGAUGUUCGAAGAGAUUCCACUUUUGGAGCAGAAGAUACAGAUUUAAUUACACUUCCCGUACCGGAAGGUUUCGCAGAUAGCCGAAGAGCAAGCCAAGUUCAACAACAAAAUAGCGGCGAACCAGCAACAGAGAAAAUACUAAUUGAAACAGCAACAACUUUGAUGAAAAUGGAAAUGGAACAAAACACAAUCAAAGAAGAAAAGGAAAAGGAAGAAAAGGAAGAAAAAGAAGAAAGAUGUAUGCACCAGAAAUCGAAACCGGAUGUAGUUGAAUGUGCUGAAAGAAAUGCUGCUGCAGUCGAUGACGAAAAAGAAUGCAGCAGCAUUUUGUCGGCUAUGUCUAAUGAGGAAGUAAGCAUUACGUCUGAGAUACUGGACCAAAAAUCGUUUAUACCGCGCAAAGACAGUGAGGGGGAAGAUAUGAACGGACAUAUUUGCCACAUUGAUUCUCCAGAAACUGACACUUACCAUUCCACAUCGGAUGUGAUCCAUGGUGAGUCUUUAAUGGACGAUAUUAGUUCCAUGUUAGGUGAAGUGUAUGGAUACGGAAUGGAUAGUGUUGAGAAUACUUACACUGACGACACGACGUUGUUUCCGAGCGAUUUUCAAGAACGUAAAAUGAGUUUAAAGAGGGAGUCUCUAGAACGAAAGCAAUCUAUGGAAAGAAAACGUCGUACUUCUAAAUCUAAAUUAGAAAGUUCUUUAAGCAUUGAAGAAGACACGCAGUUUGGAUUUGAAAAUAGAGCAUUCAUGCCACAACAUUCCUACAUAGACAAUAAAUUGGAGCCUGAGCAGCAACGAUAUUGUAGCUUGGCACAGUUUGUAGAAGGUAAUGACAUCGCCAGGAGGUCAUUCAAACGACAUCGAUCUUCCACUAAAAUAUCUAAGACUGAAGCUAAUGUUACCAGACAAACCACGUUAUUAGAGGAGACCGAAGUUGUUUCACCUAGUUUGAGAGGUAGUCAAACUAGCCUCAAUAAACUCCAAAAAGAGUUAUCCAAUCAAAGUUUAACAUUACUAGAUGAUAAAGAUAAGGAUGAAACGUGUAAAUUUCCCCAAGUAAGCGUAAUAGUAGAACCCCCGUCUCCCGUCCUCACCGAACAAAUACGCUCCGAACGCUUGGAGCAUAUUCGCGUAGAAAUCGAUGGCGAACUAGAUCCCGACCUUGAGCUGCUCUGUUCUAAGGCUGACCGGCUGAGCGACAAAAUAAGCGACAAAAGUGCCAGUAACAACAGUUCCAACUCCAACCUUUUGGGGAUUAGUCCUGAGAACUUUCUAACCAGAUCCCCAGCUGCAACGAGGAGAAUUUCCUGCUGCAGUAUGUUGAAUCCUGCUGAAGCAGCUGCGUUGGCCGCGGCAGCCGCCACUAGUAAGUUCUACGAGGCAACUUCAGAGAAAAAGGAUCCUGACAAAAGGGAAGAAAAGGAUAACAGAAAGUUGCCGAUCAUCAAUCCCCUAGUAAGGCUACCAACUUGGCCAAAUGUUAACACCGGAGGCGGAUUUAUCAGUAAGUGCCUCCUAGCCAAUGCGGAUACAUUAUGUGCAGCUGUGAGUCCCCUAAUUGAUCCUGACGAGACACUUUCGGAAGGUUUCUACGAACGUUGCGUCAUGAACAAUUACUUCGGAAUAGGCAUCGAUGCCAAAAUUUCUCUCGAUUUUCAUCAUAAACGGGAAGAACAUCCAGAGAAAUGUCGAUCAAGAGCUAAAAAUUAUAUGUGGUAUGGGGUAUUGGGUAGUAAGCAGUGGUUGCAGAAAACGUACAAAAAUUUGGAGCAAAGGGUUCAACUUGAAUGCGAUGGUCAAAGGAUACCAUUACCAAGUCUUCAAGGAAUUGUAAUACUAAACAUUCCAAGUUUUAUGGGAGGAAUAAAUUUUUGGGGAGGUACAAAAGAGGGUGAUAUAUUCUUGGCGCCUUCUUUCGAUGAUAAAAUAUUAGAAGUUGUUGCCGUAUUUGGGUCGGUACAGAUGGCAGCUUCAAGGCUAAUAAAUCUCCAGCAUCACCGAAUAGCUCAGUGUCAAAGCAUUCAAAUUAACAUUUUAGGAGAUGAAGGUGUUCCCAUUCAAGUGGACGGUGAGGCCUGGAUCCAACCUCCAGGCAUCAUUCGCAUUCUCCACAAAAACCGAAUGCAAAUGCUAUGUAGAAACCGUUCUCUUGAAAACUCACUAAAAAGCUGGGAAGAAAAACGUCGGCAAAGUUUAUCAGCUCAAGGAGCCAAACCUCGCCCAUCGAUAUCACACGACAAAGGGCGUACAAGUCUUACUAGACAGUCUAUGCCGGCUCACGAGAAGUCUUUCUUGGGUGUCAAUAUCGAGAAAAUCCGGCAACACUCGUUUAGUGGAGCUGUACCUACUCAACAUAUCGAAAAGGAAAAAUUGACAGUUACGUUUGUCGAAAAACCGAUAGAUCAAGCUGAGCCCGAUUUACUCUUUAGUGAGGAGGAACAUCACUUACUUAUCAAUUUUAUUGAAUGCGUAACGACACUUACGAAAUGGAUAAAAAUAUUAGCUAUAAGAUAUCAAUUGGAAAUCGACCUUUAUUCUUUUGCUAACCACGUCGAUUCCAACUUGGAGAAAAUCCACCCCAAGGGUAAGAUCCUUGAAGGACCUCAGCUGCGAGAAGAAUUCACCAAAUUAGUAGCAGCUGUCAAACAUUUGUACGAAGAGAGUUGUUGUUUACUACACGAUAGAGGAGAUAAGCUUAAAUUAAGGGAAGAUCUCGAAAACAAACUCAGUGCUAGUUUAGCGAAUACAGAACUGGAAAUGAGAAAAUGUGUGAUGUACGAUACUUCUUCGGGCAGUUUGGUAUUCUUACAGCCUCUUCAAGGAGAUCAAGAACAUAAACGAAAGGGUCUAUUUUGGCUCAAAUUCCGAGCUAAAGGUUCCGCGUCUUCCCAACAACAAUCCUCCCAAAAACGGGAGGUCGCCUCCUGGAGCACCCAGGAAGUGGCCACGUGGUUGGAAACGUUACAGCUUUCCGAAUACGUGGAGAGUUUCGAGAAAAAUGACAUUCGCGGUCGUGAGCUACUCACCCUCGCCAGACGGGAUCUCAAGGACUUGGGAGUCACAAAGGUGGGUCACGUCAAAAGAAUACUGCAAGCCAUUAAGGAUUUGACACAAGGUUUAUAAAUACCUACUUAGCAUGUAAGUUUCUGAUUAAUGUUUUACCCUGAUCUCGACGUUGUCGGACAAUAUGUUACAACUUAGAACAAUGCGAAGAUAUUAAUUAGUUUAAAUAUAAGAAAAUACAAUUGAUAUUACACUAGCAGUUAAUUAUCUACAUGAACAUAAGAUAGUUAAAUAAUUGUUUUUUUUUUCAUUAUUUUUACAGCCAAAGGAUCUGACAUAAUAAUAAACUAAAAAUAAAAAUAUAUAUGUGGUGCAUAAACAUUAAAUAACCAGUAUAAUAGUAUAAUAAUAAUCUUUUUAUCUACCAUCGUCACAAAAACUUUUUGGAAAGAUAAUAAGGUUUAAGAAUGUUUAAGAUGAGUUUAUUUAAUUAAAAUUAUAACCAAAGAAUAGGAGAAAACCUAAUGAAAAUAAAAGUUAUACCUACUACAAAAAUUAAAAAAUGCAACGUAUUCCAUACAAAAUACAACACUUUAAAGACAAUUUUAAAACUCUUAGAAUAUGAUGAAUUAUGUCUGUGUUUCGUAAACCGUCUGUUUUAUACGUCUAUAAAUAUAAGUAUUGUGUAUGAGGCCAGGAGAGCCAGAGUGGUCUAACUGAUUUGAAUAAUAUUCAUUACUU